AUGGCGGAAACCUCUUUGACAGAGCUAUGGGAGAAGGCCAUCCGCGAAUACGUCGACGAAUACGAGAAAUCCACUGACCAACACCUGACCGAAUCUGAUCUGCAGGGUGUUCCGGUAAACCUGCAACACACCAAUGGACAGAGCCUUGAAACAUUUCUCGCAGCCCUUCAAGUGAAUAAAGAGCAACUCUCAGACCUCCGGAAUAAAAAACGCAAAGUUGUUACAGCCUUCCGCAAGUGUAUCCUUCCGCUGCAUUUCAUUCUGGAUGCUGCAGAUAACUGUAUCAAGUCAACGCCUGUCGCCCCAAUCAGUGUACUUUUCUUUGCAGUCCAGCAUAUAUUGAGCACAUGCGAAAGAGUCAGCAAAUCAUUCGAUGAAGUGGAAGAGGUGUUCCAACGAGUAGCCGCCGUCACAUGUUGCCUUGGAGGUUAUAACGACAGCUCGCUGGUCGGCUCGCACCAGACCGUUGUUGUCGAGGUCUUGUCAUGUCUUCUGAAAAUUGUCGGAGCUGUGCAAUCAAAGCUCGCCACGGCGUCAAGACUGCGUGAGUUUCGCAAAUCUCUAUUUAAGAACGAUGAGACCAUAUCCCAAGGCCUUGCCGAACUCGACAGGCGAGUGCAAGAUGAGUUGAGUUAUGUCGUGCGACUGAAUUUCGCAAAGACACAGAAAAUGAGCGAAACUACACUCAGCAUACAUAAAGAAGUCCUGGAAAUCAGGCAGGAACUAUUGAGAUCUCGAGCUGAUGGGGAAGUUUUGGAUGUCAAGACAGAUCUUGUUGAAAAACUCAGGAAUGAGUCCUGGGAAGCAUUAAGAAAUCAUCAUCGGAUGACCGCCGAUGCUAUCGCCACCACUACAGGAAUUUGGAUUCAGACUGACGCAAUGUUUGCAGCUUGGGAGAAUGGCCAAGGUCCACUUCUUUGGAUUUUUGGUCGCCCCGGUGUUGGCAAAACCGCACUCGCUGCUGCUACGGUGGAAGCUCUCAAGAGCAAAUACUCAAAAUACAGGGGAAACCACUCGGUUAGGGCUACUGGUUACAUCUAUUUCAGGGAAGGCCAACCUAAACUCCAGAAUUUGAGCAAUCUAUUUCUGGCAGUUGCAGGACAAAUUGCCAAGCAAGAUCAAAGGUUUCAUCAGCACGUUACCCAGGCUAUCAGGACUUACCCAGACAUUCUCGGACAGACAGCAUCGGCAGAAUCCUUAUGGGAUCGCUUGUUUCUAUCCUUCGAUCCUCCUCUAGAGGAUCAUGAAGAGGCUGGGGGACUGCUUUACAUCAUUAUCGACGGGCUUGACGAGGCCAAAGAUGAAUCAAAGCGAGCGCUCUUGACCUGUUUAAGAAGGCUUCUCGCCUCUCAGCCCACUGGUCAGACCAGCCACGAGAGAGUUUCCAUCCAAGUGGCCGUCUUUGCAAGACGAGAAAUCCGGAAACUUCUUGAGAUUCAAGGCUCCGUCUUCGAAGGGAAUGAAAAAAUCAUCAAUAUUACUGAAGGACAGACGAAACAUGACAUUCGUGUCUAUGUGAGGCAUCAAACAAAGCACAUCGCUGCCGUUAGAAUGAUUAGGAAGAUGGCGCCGGAAAAAAGUCAAGCUUUCGAGUCAUUCAUCGAACACAGCAUAGUGACACGUUCGGAAGGGAUGUUUUUGUGGGCAAAGUUAGUUAUUGACCGGAUUCGCGACAGCCCUUCUACUGAAUCUGUUCAACAUGCACUCUAUGAUGCUCCUUCUGGCUUACUGGACAUGAUUCAUUUGGUCUUUCUCAGAUUGAACCAUGAAGAGGAAGAUAGGACGCGGUACUUGGCCGAUCUGCUCGCUUGGGUGCUUUGUUGUCGUCGUCCACUGACGAUAGCCGAACUCCAUGUCUGCCUCAUAGAAACGGUCGGUGAGUCUUUCAUAACUAUCUCAGACGACUUGACCGAGAGGUACUCCAGUCUCUUCGACGUCGUGCAACGACCGAGCAGCGACGACACUUCCAGGACGGCAACUUCCACGCAGGUCUCUAAAGAGGAGUCCGAAGACGAUUUGGAGCUCAGCGAUAGUGACGAUGGAGCACCAGCCACCGGCUACGCGUCAGUAGAGCCGUCAUGGAAGCAAUUUAGUCUGAAGAGGGUCAGUGUCCAAGCAAAUAAUGGAAUAUUCGACGAGUGGCACCGCAGCACUGUCACUUUUGCUCAUGCAAGAAUUCGUGACUACCUAGUACAAGAAGGGAACCCCAGAACUCGGAAAUGGGAUGAUUGCCGAGUAGUUCCAGAGAUUGAUCAAUUCAAGAUGCAGAUGGUGCAGACUUUGCUGGAUCUUGCAAUGAAACCUAUUACACAAAAAUAUGGUGUACAUCUCCUCAAAGAAUAUGCAGCGGAGAACUGCAUAUCUCAUCUACUUGAGAUCGACCUUGUCGGAAUGCCACCAAGUCUGUGUGGUAGAGUUGGCUCAAGGCUAGCCUCGCUAUGUUAUGACGGAAAGUUGUUCUACAAUAUACAGGAUGGCCAAUGGCAAACUACCAUUGAUACUUGGUUAUUGGACACCCGGAAAACCAAUGUCGUCCGCUCAUUGAUCGCAAAGGGAAUCGACUAUCUCGACACAGAUUAUGCCGAGAUUCGUCCAUGGGCGCUACAGGCAGUCAAAUCGGCCAGAGUUCUAUUGGAACCUCUGAUGAAAGAGUGUGCUCGUCUUUGGCUGGCGAAGCGGGCGUGGGACGAUAUGGAUUGGUUUAAUAAAUGCGAGGGAGAAACAUGGGUAUUGCUUGCAUAUGAAUUCCUGACUCAAAAUGGAGAGAAUGUUGGCCCCUUUAGUGUACUCAAAGGAACACGACGAGUCGGACGGAUCACUCGGGAGUUAAUAGACCAGGUCGCCAAAAGCCAAAAUCUAGAACAAGACGAAUACUGGUUUACCGGCAUCGCCUGGACGACGAUGCAAGGAGAAGAUGCGAGGCACAGUCGAAAAGCCAUCGAAUACUUCGAGAAGGCAGUUUCUCUAGCCGAUGAUCGGACGCGGCGGCUCUAUGGUGUCGCCAAACCCGUGGCUUGGGUUGCAUACGAAGGUCUCAGUCGGUGCUACGGCGACAACCUCCUACAAUCUCAGCCAGCUUUAGAAGCCAUGCGAAACGCCAUCGAAGCUUUGCCACCGUUUUGUCUGAAGUAUGGUGUUGAUUAUUAUUUCAAAGCUCGUGCAGCUUAUUGGCAACUGAAACUGGACCGAGACUACCAGGUUGCCAGCCGCAUUGGUAGAGAGGCAUAUGAACGAAGUCAAGACUAUAUGUUCGGCACGAAAUCCCCCUCGGAUCACGUCAUUAUGGACAGCGUCAAGGUUUACAUAGAGAUUCUGAGUUGGAUGCAAGAUUUUGACUCAAUAUCGACAGUCAUUCGAGAUCUUUCAACACGUCAAACACUCUUGCCGGGGUGUUCGCUUCUCAACUGUUUUCUGAGGUACAACAAAUUUACAGACCACGAGUUCCGGCGGUUGACCAAUUUUAUCGCCAUGGUCCUGUAUCAGAGACGUGAUCCCGAGCUGGAGAACCUGUUGCAGGACAAUUUCAAGAAAGUUGCUUAUGUUGACACUUCCGGCAAACCCUUCUGGAACGACCUUCGGCUGGCAAUACGAUCGGCAAAUUUCCUGCUUCGACAUUUCAAGGACGUAAAUAGUGCGACUAAAAUCCACAAAAGCAUCUUGUCUGCCAUCGACUCGAACGACGAGACUUAUCGCCAGCGAAUGAGGCCGAUUCGCGACCAAGCUGCCGCAUUCCUCAGCUUUCGUCAUUUCAACGAGGCAAUCGACGCGAAGGUUGCCAAAAAGGGAUUGCGCGCUCAGGCUAUUGACAACUUGAGACAUCUUGCGAUGAAUGAAACACGACAAUAUCGCGCCUCCUAUUCGGCUCUUCUGUACGGUGUUUGGCUUCGGGAUCACCAGCCCAAGUCUAAGCGUCCCGAGCCGAAGCCUCCCAAGCCGUGGAGACCAGCUUUCGAACCGUCUGUCACUGAGGCAAUAAACAAACUGUACGACGACGAUACAUGGAAUGACGAUGAUGCUUAUACCCAGCUUGGAGAGGCAUUGAUGAUGGCCAACGAUCUCGACAAUGCUGCAACAGCCUUCGGCAUAGCCCUGAUGCAAGCCUUAGAGCCGGUGGUACCCCACCAGGGAACCGGAUUUGACAGUAUUCCCGAGAACGCUGAAGAGCUGGCAUAUCUCAAAUGCGCCAUUUCCAGCCAAAUCCGUCGAUGCGACGGGAUCUGCGAUCCGAGCAAGGAUGACUUCAAAGAACUCUGGUGCUGUCGCUUUUGUGAGAAAACAUGGCUCUGCGGGGACUGUGUCCUUCUGUUAAAGAAACAAGACAAUGAGGCAGACCGAUACGUGGUAUGCUCGUCGGAUCAUGAGCACCUCCAAGCCUAUCCAUUAUCGGAACGAGCCAAAGACAUCGUCAAUGCACUUCGGCAUAACGACUCCAGCAAGCACCACCAGUGGUUGCAGACCCUGCUGGGCGAUUGGAAGACGAACUAG